CAGGAUAUUUCUUUAUUAUUCGACUGAUUUUUCAUUGAUUAACGUGGCUAUAAUCGCUCGCCGACCACUUGCGACUUGCCAAGCUAGAAAAAAAACAAGCUGUCAUGUACGUCAAAGGAUCAGGGGACCGUCGGUCGGUCGUUUGGUCGUUGUCUCUCGUUUUUCUUUUAUCCUAAACCCAUUUGUGACCAAAACAAAUAAAACAUCCACUGACGACCUCCCCGUAUCAGAUUGCCCGACGGAAAUAAGUCGUCAGCUACGAUGCGCUAUAGAUCAUGUCAUGUUGAAUUGAUCAAAUAAAAUUGUAAUGAAACAAUGAGUUCGGUCAAGCGAUUUCUCCGCCCACUGGAGUUCAUUACGCGAUUGAGCUAUGAGCGUUGAGGAGUGUGUGUGAUAAGGUGGUGGAGUGGUAGUGAGCGGAGGCAUGGCGGAUGCGGAGCGGGCCUCGCGGCCCAACUCGCUGCUGCUGGAGGUGCCGCCGCCGGAGCGCGAGCCGCUCCGCUUCGACGUGCAGCUGGUCGGCGCUCCGCCCGAGGUUGAACAGCUCGUCAACAACAUCAAGCAAGUGGCUGAAGACUUCUUGUAUCAUUGGAAAACCUUUCCUAUUGUCCUCCCAUCAUCCCGCUUCACCGGCCCUGGAAACCGGCCCUCGGACAUCAUCGUGGCCCCACCCUGCGACGAGCUAGACGCCGCCGCUCUCGACGCGGGCCUGGAGCCCCAUCCGCUCUCGCCGAAGCAGCUGCACCAGAUUAGGGAGAAAGGCGAGUUCGAAGUCCCUUCCCGCCACUUCCCCGGUCAGACACACGUCUGGCGUGUGUCCGGUUGGCUGCAGCGCGGGCGCUCGCGGGCUCGCGAAGAGCUGUAUGGUCACGUGGCCCGCGCAUGUUCACUUGUCGUGGUCGUGGCUCGGGACCGGCUAUUGAAGAAUGAGCCACUGUCUGUGUUGGCGGGGGCGGAGAGUCUGCUGGCCGGGCUGCAUCGACUAAUGGAUCUCAUAAUCGGAAUGCCGUCACUAGAAGCCAAAGAUCUAGAAAAGAAGAUUCGAGAAGAACGCUCCAGAUACCUUGUGGCCGAGCUUAUCUGUAUGCCUGAACACCAGGAAGACAUAGCGGCUCUAGCAGCGUGGGUGACCCGGGCUAUGCGUAGGGCCGCAUCUGAGAAAACUGAUGCACGCGAGCCUCCAAGAAUUGCACCACGUGUCCCUUGUAUUUAUACUACACCGCAGCGCACAGAGGUGGACCUACGGUUAUACCGGCGUGAAAUAACCCGUCGCGCGGCUGCACCACUGCAAGCCAUUCUUGAGCGUGAAGCCAGAGGCUGGUUUUUACACUUUCGAGAGCGCAGAGCCGCGCACCUCGCUAGUCAAAAAGUUCCACCGAGGGAUAUAGAACAGGAGGUGCGAGCGGCAUCUAUGCGCGAAUAUGUUAAUCGAGUUUGCAACGCUGUACUCUCUAGCGAACAACUACGAGCGCUGGGUCCCGGCAUACCGGAACUCUUACACGACCAACUGAAAGCUCACGACGUUAUUAACAGAGCCGAAGAAGGCGUCCGCAACAAAAUCGAGGCCUCCUUAGCAACGGCCGAAGCCCGCCUUCGCGCAUCGCACCCCAUCCUAUCACGCGCUGACUCCUGGCGUAAAGAGCGUCUAAACGCUGCCGCCGAGCGAAUUGGUGCGGAACUGCGCUGGGCGGCGCUGGAGGACGCCGCAGCCGCCAUGUCGGCGCAUUCGCUUCAACAACACCGGUACUUCCUGCUGCGCGAGCUGGCCUUCAAGAGAGAAAGAGAGCCUCUGCUAGCCAAGGAGCUACGUGCCGCCAAAACACCGACCCGCGAAUUCACCUGGGAGACCCGCAUCUGGCUACCACAGAACUGGGUGGUCGUCCGCCACUUCCGCGGCCGCUCGGAGCGGAUACCGACCGUGCUCAGCACUAGAGCCACGUCCAUAGUCACCCCGCGCUCGGACCCUAGUCAGCCUGUGUUCCUGGUUGAUAAGGAGACUGUGAGGAGAACUAGCACCCGCUGGCCGGGCUGGAGACUCGUCAAUCUGGCUCACAGGUGUUGGAGCUGGAGUUGGAACAUGAUGUUCCUGCUUGGAGUGGUAGUGGCGUGGAGUUCACCAAUUUCGUUACGGACACUUAUAAGGGUCAAACCGCUAGCUCCUGACCUUGAACUGUCACAGGUAAAUGGCACGCUGUUUCCGAAAAGAAGUAGUGAGACGCAGACGAUGUGGUCGCGGCUCCUAAAACUCUGGAGACACGUCUCGAAGGAGAGAACGCGCUUCGAAACGGAGCCUGAUACAGGUCUCCUGGGCAAGGGUCUCAGCCGGCAAGCCAACCGGCUGUGGAACUACGGAGUCGUCGGCGGCCUGGGCUCUCUCUGUCUGCUACUACUGUUCCCGCUGGCAGCCCUAGUGGGCAGUUUGCUAGCGCUGGCCGCAGCAGCUACAGUACCAUUAUGGAUGCCGCCGCUGACGGCAGGCGUGUAUGCCGGCAACGCGCUGUUAUACGACUUGGAUUGUCCUGAUCCUCCGCGGCUCAAUAGGAUAAUGGUGUUAUUUGAAGUUCUAAUCUGGCGGAUCGCAAUACUGGGAAUCUUGCAGCCUAUAGCCGCGAUUGUGGUUGCCGUUGUCUUGUGUCCCGUCAGCGCGUUCUUACUUCUAGUUGGAGGUGUGAGUUGGUGGGGGGUCCGCGCACUAUGGGAGAUGGUGGCGUGGCGAGUACUAAUCAGCCGAGCGGCGCGCGUGCCUGCACACGACUCUGCCUUCUGUCGCCGCGUCGAUGGGCCUGGCCUGAGGACACGCACGCACUAUCAGAUCACAUGUGCUCAAGCUGUCGCCGCGGUGGCGGCGCGCGGCGAAGCGCAAGUUCUAGGCGAGUGGGCGACCGCGGCCGAGCGCGCCGUGGAGCGCCCUCUGCGGGACUACGAGCACUUCGUCACGGCUUGCUUUGGGCCAUUCUCCGUGCAGAUAGCUAAGAACGCAGGAGGAGUGUACGCUCAACUAGAAAAAGAGUGCAGCGAGCUGAUAACGUCGCUCCGAGAGAAGGUUGAAGCGAGACGGCACGAACUCGCUCUGGGGCUGAGCGACGCCGCGCGAGUUCGAGUGCGGAUGAGCGCCAACGACCUCAGAAGAGCAAUACAGGCAGCGGCGCUCGAGCUAGCAAGGCUGUGGGGCGAGUGUGCGCGCGGGGACGAGUGGUGGGGCGCGCGCGGGCUCAGCGCUGGUGACUGGCACGCGCUCGCGGCCAACACGCUGGGCGAGGUGUUCGACCCAGAAAUUCUAGUAGCCCUAGAGGAGAGCGAAGCUCGACUGCCGCUAGAGAGCGGGGCGGGAGCGCGCACGUGGGCGGCGCGCUGCGGCCGCGACGAGGCGCCGCCCGACGUGCUCGCCGAGCGGGACGACUGGCGCCGCGCGCACGGAAUGUGGGGGGAGUGGGGCGGUACGCCUGCGCCGCGAGUGCCACCUCCGACGUUAGAGCUGAGCGCCUUCAGUCCUCGUGUUCCCUCCAUGCCGCCCGUACCUCCGCCUCCCGUCGUCGCCCUGGUGUUGCAUAACAGGGAAUCAGAUAACCCCGUCCCUCUAGACUCGGACCUGUGCGCCGAAAUCUUAAGAAGUUUAGAAGACGCCCCAGACUGUGAUGAUAGAAGAGAUGGCGUCGAACGGUAUAGAGGCGGAGGUAGCGACGAGGGUGGAAGCGACGGCGCGAGCGAAGGAACGCUUGACGAUGACGCUAGUUCCAACCACACCAGAGACACUGAUGGAGCGCUCUGCAGAGUGAUGCCGAGCGCAGAGCGCGCCGCAUGCCGCUGGACACUGACGGGGCGCGGCGUUCGCCUGCGAGCCGACCUCGCCAGCCCCGAGGACGUCACUCUCGACACCGACCGCUCGCACGUCGGCACCUCCGUCUGAACCUCAUCACUGAAGUUAAUAGUAGAAGGUAACGCGAUGGAAAACGACGCUUCCCGAUCUCCUGCGAAGUUCAGAUAAUCUUGCGGCGACUACAGAAAAUGCACGUUUGACUGGCGACUGGUUCAUACGCCACAGAUGGUUACUACCAUCGCAGAAAGUUCACAAUCGGAAAUAACGCGACACAGGCCAUUACGAGCUUUCGCUACCAAUCAUCAGUCCAUGCAGGCUUAAGGAGACAGAACACUUUAAAUUGGCGAUUGGUUCGUAUGAAGGCGUUUGCCUUAGGCCUUACUAUUACCACCGCAAAAAGUUACUGUCGAUGGUACCGCGACUUCCCGAUCGCUACCGAUCUCAGACCUGCGAGGUUCAGAUAACCUUAUGGCGACUACAGAAAAUGCUCAUUCGAUUAGCGACUGGUUCACACGCCGAAGAUGGUUCUUUGAAUAACCCUUAUUAACCACUAAUGUGGUUUAGUAAGUCGCAUAAGUCUGUUUAGUUUUGGGAAUGAUUGAUGAUUAUGGUAAAAUUAAAACGCUUACGAUAAAUACCGAAGAUAGGAACUCGAAUGUAGAGCUAUAGAUUCUAAGAUGCUUUAAAAAAUGACAAGGUAGUUUCUUUUUGUACUCUACCGUAUUGAUCGAAUAUUCUAAAUAGAUAGAUUGUUAAAAAGUUGAAAUGACUCAGCUUCACAGGAAUUAUUUUGUUGUGACGCAGUCAGUUUUUAGAUCUAGGUAUACAUCUCAAGAAUCUUAUUAUUACGAGAAUGAGAUAUGUAUUAUUGAAUCCCAAACUCGCGGCUUAAAAAACAUAAUGAAGCCAUUAUUAUUCUCCAUUAUUUUUAUCGCAAGUUGGUAAUAAUGAGGCGCCAGGUCUUUCUGACAGCAAACUUCCUAAUACACCAAUCAAAUACUUACUUAUUGAGCUGGCUCAGCGAUCCGAAGUGAAUAUUGGCCUCCGACACUAGAUUCCGCCUUUCGCUCCUAUCCUGUGCGAUCAGGGGCCCG